UCUCAAUGAUUCUGAUGAUUCAUGUCCUGUUAGACGAGCUGUACAAGGGUCUUCAUGGACAGGUCCGGCAACCCCAUGAUGUACAUGGACGGUUCGCAUACUGUCCGGCUUAUGAUGCCCACGCCGAUCCCGCCGCCAGAGUCAUCCCAUGCCUUACGGAAGGGACUGUGGGACUGUCAUGUAGUGGAUGGCCAAGUGGUUAUCACACAGCACACUUCAGAGGAAGCAGGAUCCCUGGGGCCUAAAUAUGUUGAUGCGGAAAGUCUAUCUAGAGUUUCUCGCAUGAAGGCGUCCGACAGCAAAAGGGUGAGGCGGGUUCCUGUCGGACCAAGGCCUAUGAGGAGGCAAUCCACUUUGGGUAUGUGCUCCAAAACCUCUGCUACACAGGAAGAAUACAGCAUGGCCGCCGUGGCUCACCUGAAGGAAGCAUCGGAGUCUAUGUGCAACAGUGCUGCCGAUCCCAUCCUAUGGUGCUCUGAACGUCAAGCGCUACCGCCGGCUGUCAUGCAGUGGUGGUGAGUAUAAGGCAUCUGAGUAGAGGUCAUUCGAGUUAGAUGAAAUAGUGAUCUAUUGUAUUCUCCACGAUAGAAUCUCGUCUUGUUUGUGCGGGAUGGUUGUACGUUCAUCAUCGUCAUACGCGAAUCAAUCCCGCAGAUCAGAGUCUUCAGCAUCGCUUGCAUGAUUCCGACAGCUUCAGCUGCACUGAUGAAGAUGAAGUGUAUGCGGUAAAUCUGAGACAAUCGAUGAAGUAGCAGCGAAGACAGAUCUAGACAAACAAGUCGCACCUCUGAGCGGCGUGCGCACCGUAGUAGCUAUAGCAGGACCCCGAAAAUAGUCACCAACGUUUUGAGUCGAUCCUUGGAUCGUUUUGGAGUAAUUUUGGAAUAAAACGUGCACAAUUUUGCGCUCUUU